UCUAUCUUGACACAUAGUAAAUGUCAAAAAUCGAGUUUCCUGUAGAAAUUAUUGAAGCCGAUUUUCGAUGAAAUUAAGCGUAAAAUAGCGUAAUUCGUACUAUUUACCAUCUAAUUAUAGUACUUUAGCGUGUAAUAAGUGUUUUAGUUCAUUAUUUAUUCGUGUAAAACAGUGUAAAAUAUGAUAAUUCGCCAUUUUGCUCUGUGUGUGCCCUGAAGGCAAUAAGCCAUUUUUCUCGUAUAGUGUAUAUUUCUUUUGUGAUUAUAGACAAUUUUUAUCAAGCAACUGACGUGUGACAUUCAAUAAAACUAAUAACAACACCCGUAGCAAAUUAAACGUACAACGAUGGAGGAAGUAAAGGUAGAACCUCCUCCGCAGCCGGUGAUGAAGUUCAUAAGCGUGACGAGCGACGCCCUUACAGAGGAACAGAGAGAGAUGUACGAAUCAGUACUCACUACUUGGAAACCCGUCAUGUUUCCUAAACGAAUCAAGCGAUAUAUCUGCAACAAGUGUAAUAAAGAGUUUAAAAACUACCAAAACCUCUACUUGCAUACCACUAGAGUACACUCCUCUGAAGAAUCAGCGGUUAUUUGCGAUAUCUGUGACAAGACGUUUAAAAAUAAGCACUAUCUGUACAUGCAUAGGAUGAACAAACAUUAUUCUGAGCUGGAGAAAUGCUACUGCCAAUUCUGUCUCCAAGAAUUUAGGACGAGAAGGGCUUUGCAUAUGCACGUGAAAAGGAUUCAUCCGAACACGCUGCCUGAGAUCAAAUGCAAUGAAUGUGGUAAAGAAUUCUCGGUUCCAUACAAACUGAAGUACCACAUUGAAGCUUGCCAUAGAACUGAUAAAGAAAAGUACAAGUGUCACCUUUGCCACAAACUCUACAAAAAUAGCUUAAAUCUCAACCGCCACCUCCAUUUCCAACAUACUCCGGUACAGCGACACCCCUGCGUUUUUUGCAAUAUGACCUUUAAGUCCCGACAUCAUAUGAAGCGACAUGUACUAAACAUCCAUCCGCCUUUAGAGUCCAAAGUCACUUGUCCAGAAUGCCUGAAAGAGUUUAAGAAUGAUCAGUAUCUUAAAGAGCAUAUGCAAGUACAUUCCUCUUUAGAUUCGAAGGUUAAAUGUGAUAUUUGUGACAAGUUCUUUCAUUCGGCGAUUCGUUUAAAAAAACAUAAGAAGAUUGUCCAUCCGUCGAAACCGAAAAUGCGUUGCGAAAAGUGCAAUAAGGAGUUUGCACAUGCACAUUAUUUGAGACGGCAUAACAACGCGGUGCAUUUAGAAAUGGAUGAGACAGAGUACCCUCAUUCUUGCGAUCAAUGUGGCAAGAAAUUUAAGCUGAAGAAGUAUUUAAACAACCAUUUGCAAAGGCAUGAGCAACAGCAUUUGAAGAGGAUAUCUCAGAUGGUUAAGACCGUGAUGGGAGAAGAAAAGGACGUACCUGUUAAGAAGAGAGGGAGACCGAGGAAGGCUAGAGCGGAGAUUGAGUUUAUAAAGUGCGAACCGGUGUCGAGUUCCGAUUCCGAGUCCGGCGAAACGGAGAGUGAUUCGGAGUGAAAUGGCUAAAUUUUCGGCAGCAAAAAUGGUCUGUUUUAAGCAGUGCAGGUUUUGGGGCAGCGUGUAAUGAAAUAGAGUGUCCCUAUUUAAAAUUGGGAUGGGUUAUAGGAUACCUUUGUAUAUAGUUAUCUUUGGGAGAUAUUCGCGAUUGAAAUAGGUUUUUUUCAGUCCCUAAAGUGGAUUUUUAGGUAUUGUUAGUUAGGACCAAAUUUUUUGCAAAAUAUUUCUCGUUGUUAGAUGUUUUCUAUAUUAUUGUUGCGUCGGGCGGUGAUGGUAGGCGUGCUAUGGGACAGAAUGAGACUAAAUGUAAUCGUCGACAGGUCCGCAUCGUACGUAUUGCCUUGUAUAGAAACUCAUACAACUGCGUCCACUGAUCCGCAUCGUACGGACCGCAUCAUCGGCAAUGCCUACAUGCG